AUGCAGGCCAACUUGAAGGCUGCAAUGCAACAUGGUUCCGGGCACUUUUUUUCUGUUGUUGGAGGCAACAUCCAGGCCUUUGCCAGGCAGCGCAACUCCAGGAUUGGAGGAGAAAGCCACUUAAUCAAGGGCUUUGCGGGCACAGCAGUGGAGAUGGAAGGCUGUGAUCCAGCUGCAUUUAAUGUAGAGGAAUUAGUGAGACAUCACAAACUUCAAGAGAGGAAAACACUUACCACAGAUGUUAUCCUUGAAGACUUGGACUUCCAGGGUCUUGCAGCUGUCUCAGCAUUUCACUUCCUUGAUGUCUUGAUACAGUUUGUACAUGGGCUCGCAGACGAGAUGCAGUGGCAAUGGGAAAACUUUUGA